AUGUUCUCCCGGCUCAAUCAAGUUGCAAGGCAUCUUUUACGUCCAAUGCCAAACUACGGUCAUACAUCUGCUGCUGCUUCGUCGGUAUCGAAACGCAGUCUGUCCGACUACCGAUAUAGCAGUCUCGAUGCCUCAGAACGCCAAAAGAAGAAUAUCGUCACAGGGGCAUGUCUGAUAAUAGGGAACGAAAUUUUGAAUGGGAAGGUAUUUGAGCCAGCCAACUCACAUUACCUUGCAAAAUGGUGUUUCUCCCUAGGCAUUAGCCUCCAGAGAAUAGACAUCAUUCCUGACGUGGAGGACGAUAUUAUUGAAGCGGUGAGACGACUGAGCCAUAACUAUGAUAUUGUCGUCACCUCGGGCGGUAUUGGCCCGACACACGAUGACAUAACCUACGAGUCCAUCGCCAAGGCCUUUCACCUGCCCCUCGUGCUUCACGGAGAAGCUUACUCUCUCAUGAAGAAAAAGACGGCCGAGCACAGGGAUCCGGUACGGGCUGCCUUCAACUUUGACGUUCCGUCCAAAGAGCUUGAUGGAAAAAAGAAAAUGAUCUUGCUGCCUCAUGACUCUAGUCGUCCAGUGGAGGAUCAGGCGAUUCUCGCCUGCCGAGACAAGUAUUGGGUUCCUGUCUCAGUUGUCAAUGGAAAUGUAUACAUCCUGCCAGGCAUACCUGAACUCUUUAAGCACCUUUUGGACGGCCUUACACGGCAUAUCAAGCCUCGAGUGCAGAGCAAUGGCAAAAUCCGCGUGACCAUCAAGACCCUCCAACCGGAGAGCCAAAUGGCGGAUUACCUGACUGGCCUGGCAAAGAGGAUGGCGCCAAAGGAUAUAGAUGUUGGAAGUUACCCCAAGUUUCAGGUUGAGAAUACGGUUGUGCUUGUUGGCGAGGACCGAACCGAACUUGAGACAGUUAUUCCCGAGAUAUUGGAGAAUCUGGAAGGGACUCUGGUGAGCAUCGAAAUGCCCGAGAACCCCGAUGAAGGAGAGACGGAGGUUAAGGCUCCAGGUGGCGAAGAAAGCUGA